GGCACAUUUCAGCCUACCUGUUAUGCUAUUCAGGACCUUUCACAACAUCAAGAUGGCGGCGUCCAUACGGGUGUGCUGUGCCCUCCGAAUUACGCUGGGAGGGGUAGCACCACUUUGGACAGCAGGGGGCGCCCUGCCUCUCUCUCACCUAGCCAGACUCACUGCCUCUCUAUGGACUGCUACCCCACCAGCCCCUGCUACCUGGAUACAGACCAGACAUAGCAGCUUCUUCAACAAACUGACAGCAGAGGAGCUUUGGAGGGGAGUUCUGGCAGAGACUGGUGCCGGUGCUCGAAAGGGCCGAGGGAAGAGGACCAAGAGGAAGAUGAAGAAGGAUCUGAACCGAGGCCAGAACAUCGGAGAGGGGCGCGGGGGGUUCCUGUGGCCGGGGUUGAACUCGCCCAUCCUGAAGAGCGGGACCAUACAGAGCAUGUCUCGCCGCGGGGAGUCAGAGCAACAGGAACUGCAGGCAGAGCUUCUGCGACAGCGUGACGAAUGGGAUCGCAGGAGGAAGAUGAGGGUGAAGAGGGAGCGAGGGUGGACUGGCAACUCCUGGGGCGGCAUCAGUCUGGGGCCCCCUGACCCUGGACCCAACGGAGAGACUUACGAUGACUUUGACUCCCGAGUGAUCGAGGUGAAGAGCGUGUUCAACAUGACAGCCAAAGAGGGCCGGAAGAGGUCCAUCAGCUGCCUGGUAGCUGUUGGCAAUGGGAACGGGGCAGCAGGUUUUGCCUUGGGUAAAGCGGCAGACCGUCAAACUGCACUGAGAAAGGCAAAGAACCGAGCAGUGCACUAUUUGUACUACAUUGAGAGAUACAACGACCACACUAUUUACCAUGAUAUCAAUUCCACUUUCAAGAGGACCACCCUACUCAUGAAGAAACAGCAUAAAGGUUACGGACUACACUGUCACCGCGCGGUCAUCACCAUCUGUAAGCUGAUUGGUGUAGAGGACAUGUACGCCAAGGUAGAGGGCUCCGUCAACCUGCUUAACAUCACCAGGGCUCUGUUCACCGGACUGGCUAAUCAGGAGACCCACCAGUCCCUGGCUGAAAAGAAGCAGCUCCACGUGGUAGAGUUUCAGCCGGAGCGCGGGCCCCUGCCCCUCAUCGUGGCCACCCCUAAGAAGGGUGUGCGACCCGACCCUGAACCUGAGGAGGAGAUCCCCAACACACGGCUCAACUGGGAUGACGUCCGUGCCUCUCAGGGCAUGAAACGCUCCGUCUGGGCCGGGGUCAAGAGGACCAUCUGGUGACCACAACACAACCAUAGUAGUGGACCGGUUGAGAUAGGUUGGGGCGAUGUUUGGCUGGGUUCGGGUUGAGAGUGUUACUAGGAAGGAAGCCUGUCUCUCAGGCAUCAUAAGACUCGUAAGAUUGGACCCCAGUGGAAAUGACAUCAUCAAACCGAGACAUUUACUGUAUGCAUAUGUAUAGCAUCAUGACUUAGUAUUUCACCAAAGGUUGUGAAAUUCGCCCAAAAGAGUUUCACAUCUAAACAGUUUAACUCAACCAAUGGAUGAUAUAUUUUUUGCACUGUAAGAAUAGUGUUGUUUCAAAAUCAGUUGUUCAUGUGACAUUGCUGAAAAUCUGAGCUGUCUAAUUAAACAUUGAAACUCUCCAAAA